AUGGAUGAGCAACGACGUCCAAUUAUUGUCAAUUCGUUAUUGUGUUUCAUUCAUAAUUAUCGUGAACGACUUCGAUCGGAUCAACUCAGUAGUUUUAUUCACUCAUACUUCUCAAAAAGUGCCAUCGAAAAUGCUCACUCCACGCUUAUCGACUUAUUACCUCGUCUUGAAAACACCUUCAUGCCUUCCUCAACUGCACUGGCACCACCAUCAAUACCUUCAGCUACACCUACAGAUAUGAUAGAUAAAGCAGCAGUGUCGAGUGCAAACACAGCCUUGGGUACAACCAUAUUAGAUGCAGACAUAGUAGCUUCAGCUACACCUACAGGGACUGCUACUACUCCAAAGUGUCAACUUAAAGCAACUGAAGGAGCAGCACAAGCAUCUUCAUCUGCUACGUCUUCAUCUCUGUCCUCACCGUCGUCAUCUCCAAAAAACUUGCCGUCUUCUGAAUCUAAAUCAGUAGCGGCAUCUGAAAAUAUAACACUGUGUGCUGAUAACGAUGAGGAUGCUGAUUCAAAACAUACUACGAGUGCUGGUAAUGAUAACAAUCAAGAUGUAACAAGCGCUAUUGCUAAUAACGAAAAUAACCAUAUGGACGAACACAAUAUUUUAUGCCUUUAUGACCAUAUACUAAAUUCUCGAAAAGCAUCACUACCGAUAUUUGUUGCUGAAGAGCUGAACAGUCUACCGUUAGCGUUAAUCAUGGCAGAUGAUCAUAAUGGUGAUGCCAGAUACGAACUGUUAUUGGCUGAGAUUCGUCAGUUAAAGUGUUUCAUUCAUGAUGCUUUACGACUAAACAACAACUAUUUAGCUCAUCAACGUUCUUGUUCGAAUUGUGACAUGACGUUAUCCCGACCAACUUCAUCGCGACGACAACAAACCGACGCUCAACGAACGCCACUCUCCUCAUCAUGCACAUACACUUUCUCAUCAAAUUCAGCAACACCAACUUCAUCACAUCACAAAAAAAGGCCAAAUCUGCAAAUCAGUUCCUCUUGUUCUCAGUCUGUGUAUUGUACCUAUCCUCACUGCAUUAAUGAUAGUUGUAACAGUAGUGAUCACCGCCAUCAACGACAGCUGAAUGAUAUUAAUAUGUCAUGCACAUCGUCUCCAGAAUCAGCAAAAUUUAUAACGGCAUCGAAUAGUUGUCAUCCCACUAUUACCACCGACCCUUGUGAUUUUUCGUCGCCGAUGACUUCGGAUACUUCUUCGUGUUCAACCGGUAGCAGCAAUACCGCCGCUUCACCGUCUUCAUGUUCGUUGACCUCUGCAGAUACUUCCCGACGACUAGCCACGGUUGUUAGUAUCGCACCAGUUGCGUCAACUUCUGAAGCAGUAACCACAGCAAGUAAUGCUUCAGCAGCACAGCUUCAUUCAUCAUCUGCGCUGUCACCACUAUUAUGUUGUUGCUCAUCAUCUUCUGUAUAUUCUUCAACCCCAACAUCCAAUUCGUCUACCAUGUGCGACACGUCCAGUCAUCGUAAUUCUACUCUGUCAACAACAUCCUCCUCUUUUUCGUCCUACUGCACAUCACCUAGUCAUAAUCAUUACCACCAACACCAUCAUCAUCCUCAUGAUCAUCAUUUUGAACAUGCUCAUCGUACACCUGCUGGUGGUCUUCGUGACGUUUUGCUUUCAAAUGUACCACGUGCUCUUCAUCAAACAAACAGCACUGAGGAUAAUAAUGUAAUUAAUGGAUUGAUAACGAAUAAUCGAGCAACAACAGUUAACACUCAUUGCAACAAUAAACAUCAUCUUCAUCUCAGCUGCACUGAUAACAAUAAUGCUACUAAUAAUGAUAGUAUUGGUAUUAGUAACGGUGGUGAUGAUUCAGAUCAUGAGCAUAACAGCAGCAGUAGCAGUAGCGGCUCUUCGACCGCAAAUGAAACUGUGACAGAUCAGCAAACGGAAGUCAAUAAUGCAACAACAGCAACAAAUUUCUUAUCGUCGUCUUCAUCAUUUAGUGAUAAUACUACUAAUAAUAGUAAUGAUAAUAACAAUAAUAAUUGCACAGACAGUAGCAGUAAUGAUGAUGGUGUAAAAAAUCAUUUGUGUUUACAACAAAAGAAACGAUGUUUGAUUGGAGGAUUAAGUGGUGCAGUGAAUGGUGGUAGUCGUUUAGAUGCAACUGUACGUAAACUGCGCAGAUUAGCCGAUAAACAUCAAACUCAAAUUGCUAGUGCUCCUAUAAAAACAACUUGUGAUGAUAGAUUAUCAUCGCAGAAUUAUGCGGUCACUAAUAAUGUCAGUGAUAAUGAUAAUCGAUCUUCACCAACAACCUUAUCAGCGCCACCUUCAGUAGCAGCAGCAUCCUCAUCAACAGCCGCAGCAACAACAACCAAAUUACCGUCCUCCUCUUCAUCAUCAUCUCUAGCCAAAGUGAGUCAUCGCACUGCUAGUCCAACUUUCAUUAACAAUCACAAUCGCAGUGGUACUAACAGUCAGGCAUCCAUUACCAGUAAUAGCAAUGUAUGGCCAGCACAAAUCGUUGAUCCAAUAGCGUACAUAAAUAUGUUGCGUACAAUGACUAUGUCUGCGAUGUCGUCUGUAGUCGUUAAUAAUAAUAAUCAUCCACAAACCUCUAUAUUUCCUCAGACCCAAGCUCAAGCAGCUCAGGCUGCUGCAAUCACGUCUGCCGCAGCUGCAGCAAAAAGUAUUUUACUGGCCACAGACCACCAUCAUAAUUCUUCAGUAGUAUGGAUGAGUAUGUAA